GAAGGAGUCGCUAAUCGUAGCGUUUCAAACCGCUCGGGUACGAUAGGGGAGGAAAGGGAAAGAAGUUCCGGGCAGAUAAAAAUCGCCUGAGGUUCAAUUGCUCCUCCUUUCCAAGUGGAUGCCGAAGUCGCGAACGGACCAUGUCUAGCGGUUCUGCCGAUUAUCACAGCUCUAGAGAUCGAGACCAUGGCGGGCCGGAGGGUAUGGACCCAGAUGGUGUCAUCGAGAGCAACUGGAAUGAGAUCACAGACAAUUUUGAUGAUAUGAACCUUAAGGAGACACUUCUCCGUGGGAUUUAUGCAUAUGGUUUCGAGAAGCCAUCAGCUAUUCAGCAAAGAGCAAUUAUUCCUUGCAUAAAAGGUUACGAUGUCAUUGCCCAAGCCCAGUCAGGCACUGGCAAAACAGCCACAUUUGCCAUCUCAAUCCUGCAGCAAUUGGAGAUUGAGCAGAAAGAGACUCAGGCUCUGGUCCUGGCACCAACCCGAGAGCUUGCUCAGCAGAUUCAGAAGGUCAUCUUGGCUCUAGGUGACUACAUGGGUGCAUCAUGCCACGCCUGCAUUGGGGGUACCAAUGUUCGCAAUGAAAUGCAGAAACUCCAAGCAGAAGCCCCACACAUUGUUGUGGGAACUCCAGGCCGUGUAUUUGACAUGCUGAACAGGAGGUUCCUCUCUCCCAAAUGGAUCAAGAUGUUUGUCUUGGAUGAAGCAGAUGAAAUGCUUAGUCGUGGAUUCAAGGAUCAAAUUUAUGAAAUUUUCCAGAAAUUGAGCACAAAUAUUCAGGUUGUGCUGCUUUCGGCCACCAUGCCUGCAGAGGUGUUGGAUGUGACCACCAAAUUUAUGCGGGAGCCUGUCCGCAUUCUGGUGAAGAAAGAAGAGCUUACCCUGGAGGGUAUCAAGCAGUUCUACAUUAACGUAGAACGAGAGGAAUGGAAAUUAGACACACUCUGCGAUCUCUACGAGACCCUGACAAUCACCCAGGCUGUCAUUUUCUUAAACACAAGAAGAAAGGUGGACUGGUUGACUGAGAAGAUGCAUGCGAGAGACUUCACCGUUUCUGCCCUGCAUGGAGACAUGGACCAGAAGGAGAGAGACGUUAUCAUGAGAGAGUUUAGAUCUGGCUCUAGCAGAGUGCUGAUUACUACAGAUUUGUUGGCACGUGGUAUUGAUGUGCAGCAGGUUUCGCUCGUCAUCAACUAUGACCUUCCAACAAAUCGAGAGAACUAUAUCCAUAGGAUUGGCCGCGGAGGUCGGUUUGGCAGAAAAGGUGUUGCCAUCAACUUUGUUACCGAGGAGGACAAGAGGAUUCUUCGAGACAUCGAGACGUUUUACAACACGACCGUUGAGGAGAUGCCCAUGAAUGUCGCGGACCUGAUUUAAACUCCGGAGAUUUUAAUGCAGGGAUAGCUGUUGAAUAAUCACUUGCAUUUUUGCGCUUGUUUUAUUGGAAGAAUUAAAAAAAAAAACAUUCUCCUCGAUGCUGGCUGUGGAUCAGACUUGCGAAUUCGAUACGUGACGUGACUUCUUCUGCGUGGACGGUCGUAAGCUCCCUACCAGCCUCCGCUGGUAGCGGAGUUUACAGAACAUGGGUUCUUUAAAUGUAUUCUUUAUCAGGUAUUUUCUCCCUAGUAUGUUUAAAAUGUACGUGUUAGAUGUUCUUCACCGUUUAGUAAUCUACUUGUGGACUAAAAGAUACAAGUGCUGCAUCAAGUCUGCCAAUUAUGUUAUGCUAACAUAUGUGUGCAGUUUAACUUGGCUCACUCUUCCUAUGUCAGUAAAACGAAAGGCACUUAUUUUGUUGAAUGUAUUAAUUUAAUUGUAUAUUGUUAUCAAGUACUUCUUUGUGUGAAGUCCUCUUCAAAGGUGGGUCUUAAACUAAAUGUUCCAUGUGGUGUUUUGGCUCAUUUGAAAAUAAAGAGGAUAGUGAUAUACUCCACCUAGAGCUUUUUGGAGUGUUUUAAGCUUGACAGGUGUCUAUUGUAUUUAUUUUAAACUCUUGUUUUGCUAUUGAUGGCUCUUCUGGCAUGGUCACUGUUAUAAAGGAUUGGCUUUACAUCUUU